CACUAAUCAGAAACGAAACAAAGAGUAAAAUACACUUCCAUUUUGGCACCCAAAAAAAAAAACAAAAAAAAAAAAACGUACAACACUUCCUAAUCCUAUAGUUUCCCUAUAUAAUACACAAUACUCCUACUAUUAUCAACAAGAUUAGAUAUUAAUUAACAUGGAGCAUCAUCAUUACUAUUCUAGCUUGUACCUCAACCUUCUUGUCCUCUUCCUCUCCUUAAUCUCCCUCGCCGUCGCAACCAUCUUCUACAAACACAAAUCACAGUACCACCGCCACGUCAACCUGCCGCCGGGCCGGCGGGGGCUUCCUUACGUCGGCGAAACCCUAGACUUCCUUUCCACCGGAUGGAAAGGCCGGCCGGAGAACUUCGUCCUCGACCGGGUUCGAGAAUUCUCCUCCAACGUGUUCAAGACCCACAUCGUCGGCAAGCCCACCGCCGUCCUCUCCGGCGCCGAGGGCAACAAGUUCGUCUUCACCAACGAGAACAAGCUCGUCGUCGCGUGGUGGCCGGACUCGGUGAACAAGAUCUUCCCGUUCACGGAGACCAGCUCAGUGGCGGAGGAGUCCCGCCGGAUGCGGAGGCUCCUCCCGCAGUUUAUGAAGCCGGAAGCCCUCCAGCGGUACGUUGGCGUCAUGGAUGACGUGGCGCACCGCCACUUCGCUUCCUCGUGGGAGGGUCGCGACGAGGUGGAGGUGUUCCCGCUGGCGAAGAACUAUACGUUCUGGGUGGCGUGUCGGCUGUUCCUCAGCCUGGACGAUCCGGUGCGGAUCGCAGAGUUUGUGGUCCCGUUUAAUGACGUGGCGACGGGUAUUUUCGGGCUGCCGUUGGAUCUGCCCUUCACGGCGUUCAGGCGGGCGAUCAGGGCGUCCAGGUAUAUAAGGGAGGAGUUUCUGACGGGGAUUAUUAGGCAGAGGAAAUCCGAGCUGGCGGAAGGGAAGAAUGCUGACGUGGCCAAAACGCUGGAUAUAUUGUCGUUCAUGCUGAUGGCCACCGACGACAACGGCGAGCGUAUGAGCGAGAGGGACAUUGCCGACAAGAUACUGGGGCUUCUCCUCGGCGGCCACGACACGGCCAGCUCCACGUGUUCUUUCGUCGUGAAGUUCCUGUCGGAGUUUCCUCAGAUCUACGACCGAGUUUACGAAGGUGACGAGUUUUAAUUUAAUUUGUUUUUGUCUCUCUACUUAAUUAUUAAUUUUUUUGUCUCUUUACUUAUUAUCGGAGUUGAUGCAUGCAAAGUUGAUUAGUUUAUCUCCAAAUGACGGCCGGCCAAGCUUACGGUCUUUUGGCCGGCUAACCGUCUCCUCAUAUUUUUUCCCCUCUAAUUUGGAGUUUUCUGGCCGGAACUUUACAAUUGUUGAAAAAUUACAUUUCAUUCCAAAUUCUAUGUUUCUUAUAAUUUUUAGCAUCUACACUUAAAAAAAAAUUUACUACAAAAAAGUCCAUAAUUUCGACGGUUAAAUUACAUUUAGUAUUUUUAAUGUUUUUUUGCCUGAUAUUAUAAUACAUGUGCUUUUAAAAU